ACAAGCACCUCCUCUCAUUCACAGUCGCUCCUUUCUCUCUCAAAGACUCAAACCCUCUCUCUGAACAUGGAUACAAGGCGCCUUCACUACACAGUCUCUUCGCCACCCACUCCACCACCCACCUCCACCACCUUCGUCCAAGCCGACGCCACCACCUUCCGAGACCUUGUCCAAAAGCUCACCGGCGCCGCCGUCGACUCUCCAGAGAAACUUCCCGUCACCCUCCCCGUCCGGGCAUCUGCGCGACCCAACUCCGUCGACUCCUCCACCGGGCCUCGCCGCUCGCCGUUCAAGCUCCAGGAGCGGCGACACACCAUGAGGAAGCUCGAGAUCAAGCUGGGCCUCACCACGCUCCGGAACUCGCCGUUUCCCCACUCCCCGCGCGUCGUGUCGCCGACUCCUAGCCCGGUGACUCCGCUUUCGUCGGAGUCGAUGUUCUCCGGGAGAACGGGGAGCUCCGGCGGAGAUUCGCCGGCGGAGGAGGAGGAGAGGGCGAUUGCAGAGAAGGGUUUUUACUUCCUCCCGUCACCGAUGAGUACACCGAGGGGGUCGGAGCCGCCGGAGCUUUUGACUCUAUUUCCUCUGAGUUCCCCGAGUCAACGCACUCGAGAUUCGUGAGUUGAUUGUUCCGAGUUCGAAAAAAUAGUACAUUCAUGGAAUUUAGAGCUUAAAAAAGUUCAGAAUCUUACUUGGGUUCUGUGAUGGUGUCCAAUUUUCCCCUUCUCCAAUCAUAUUUCUUCCCUUUGUUUCCCGAGAAAACUGUAGAAAAGAAAAGGAAGAAAAGAAAAACCAGAAAUACGAAGUCUCACCGUCGACUUCAUGGAGUUUGAGAGAAAAAUUGCACUUCGCUUGGUUGAUCUUAAUUUUUAUUUUUAGUUUUUAGUUUUUUUUUCACUUUUUUAUAUUAAUAAUAAUAAUUUUCUUUAUGAA